CAUUUAAUAGAUUGACAUGUUGCUAAAUUUACUCAGAUCAAAAGUGAUGAUUUGUACUGUAUAAUUUGAAGGUCUAUCUCAUACUUGAAACUUUGAAAAAACAAUGUGAAACUUCCUUUUCAUCCAAAAACGUUUUCUCUGUGAUUUUUGACAAUGAGUCGUAUGCUAUUUUGUAAAUCAACCAUCACAAGAACAAAAAACACCCCAAAAGAUUUGACCCCAAAAUGUUGAGUUUGUGAUGUGAAUCUGAUGUAGCUCAUAAUAUGGUAAAAGGUGUGAAGUGUAAAUAAGUGUUAUGUUUUUUAAUUUCUGUUUACAGUCUUAAACAUGCAGCUUGUUUUUAAGUACAGUCUGUUAAUUUCACAAUGAACCUAACAGAUUUCCUCCACCAGUUAUAUUUUAAUUGGAAUUUAAGUACUGUAUCCAUCUUUUUUUAGUUUUGAGUGUUGUGGUUUCUAACAUACAUUUUAGUAAUAGGUAAUGUUAGUUAUGUUCAGGUAAAAAGCAGUUUCAACUGCUCAAACCUGCUGUUCAGGCUCAGUUUCCGGAUGCCUUUAUUAUGAAAAAAUGAGGUUGAUCAAUUUGCUAAAUCAUUCUUUAAGUUUGUAUUUUUGUUUAUUUAUUUUUUCAUGUGUUUUUAUUACUUUGGAGACUUGAUGCACUUUUUUCUGCCAAAAGUGUUGAAUUGGAAAACAUGAUAUUUCCAAAUUCCAUCUGGUCAUAAUGGAUAGUUUUGGAAUUGAAUCGAAUACUAAAACACUAGAAAAUCACACUGCAAGUUGUUAAAUGAUGGUAUGAGAAAUGUAAUGGUACCAAGGGAAAGUGAAAUGACAUAACGAUUUUAUAUUAAUGUGCAGUUGAUGCUUUCAUGUCAACAAAUUCCCAAUGCCCUGUCUGUCAGUGUUGUUGUAAGUGCCUGUCUGUUGACACUCACUUGGUUGCCUUGUAGUGAUUUCUCUCUGCAGCUCUGAAGGUAAGUGUUCUCAGGUGGAUCCAGCCACAGAAGAACAGACCAAACAACACACAUUACCUCGAGGUGUUAAGUAUUUUGUAACAAAAGUUUCCUUGUUAGGUCUUUUAUACAGAUUUAAAACAAAUUUUUUUAAUGCCUAACUUUAGUGAGUUUAACUUCGUACGUAGUAAAUCAGAUUCUAUUUACAUUUGUAAGUGCAUGAUUUCUAAUGAUUAUAGUUGGAUUUUAUGUGAAUGUGUGCCUCAAGUUGGCCACGUACGUACAUUUUCAUUCAAGUCGAUGGUACUUGCUGCAAAUGUAGAUUUUUGGUAGUUUGUGACCCGCUGAAACGGAUUUAAAUUGGUUACAUUUGAAAUUCUAUAAAUAAAUAAAAAAUUUAAUUAUACCGGUUUGUGGCUUUUCUCUUUUUUUUUCAAACAAAUGUGUAACUGGGAAAUUGACACUUACAAUUUUGUAUCAAAUAAUUUUUCAAUUGUUUUUGUUGGAUACAUUUAUUUUAUAUUUGCACAUUAGUCUAAUAACAUCCAGGUUGUGGUUCUUGUGUCAACUGUUGGGUAGUGGCUGUGAAAUAAAAAAAAACUCUGUUUUUAUUAGAUCACAGACAGUAUGAUGCUUUGUAUUUCGCAAACGGGUCGAACGUGUAUGAAAUUAUUUUAAUCAGAUUUUGUGAUCCAUUAUUCCGGUCCUGGGAUUGAUAUUAUUACCCGGAACCUUAGUGUGCAUGUCACUUCACGGACAUCGAAAAACGUUGCGCUUGCAGCUUCCGGUGCUUGUUUGAGUGGUGUUGUAAAUAGAAAUGGCCGCCGUAUUUGGCGCAUUUGUAUUGCCUAGACGGCAAGAUUAAAAAAUAGAUUUCGAGCCUGGAAUACAGUGGAACGAGUGAUCAGAUUGACACUUGUGUCUAUGUACUAUGUUUAAAAAGAUGACUGAAUUUGGUCCAGAUUCCGGAGGGAGAGUUAAGGGAGUGACUAUUGUGAAGCCUAUCGUGUUCGGGAACGUUGCCCGCUACUUUGGGAAGAAGCGAGAAGAGGAUGGACACACGCAUCAAUGGUCUGUUUACGUGAAGCCCUAUAUAAAUGAGGAUAUGUCAGCUUAUGUGAAGAAAAUUCAGUUCAAGCUACAUGAAAGCUAUGGUAACCCUCUCAGAGUGGUCACAAAACCGCCAUAUGAGAUCACAGAGACAGGCUGGGGAGAGUUCGAGAUCAUCAUUAAGAUCUUCUUCAUUGACCCUAAUGAAAGACCGGUUACCCUUUACCACUUAUUAAAGCUGUUCCAGUCUGACUCCAGUGCCAUGCCAAAGAAGACAGUGGUCUCGGAAUUCUAUGAUGAAAUGAUCUUUCAGGAUCCUACAGCAAUGAUGCAGCAACUGCUCACAACGUCAAGACAACUCACUCUCGGAGCAUACAAACAUGAGACAGAAUUUGGUGAGCAGGAGCAAAAGACUAAGGAGAAGAUGGAAUCGGCAAAGAAGAAAACUAGUCAGGAAAUCGCAGAACUGAAAGACAAACUAAAGGCCAGCAGGGAAAACAUCAACCAUCUGAAGGCUGAGAUCAGGAAAUUGGAGGAAGACGGAGACCACAAGGAUCACUAAGAAGUGGAUGAACACAAACAUGCUCACACAACAGAGCGUUCAUCAGAAAUCCUAACACCAAAAGAAAUGUUUUAGUAAUUUAACAAAUAGUGUCUGUGCUGUUCUUUUUUAACUAAAGAAAAUUAAUGAUAGGACUUUAUUCUGUUUUGUAAAUAAUUCAGUCAGAAUCUCAACCUUCCUUUUCUUUGUAUUGAACUGGCAAUUUUGUUUAAAUUUUCUACCGACCUGUCAUUGACUUUGUAAAGUAAACAUGUUUACAGUA